CCGCCAGCGCCCAGUAAAUCGCCAAAAUGACCAACACAAAGGGAAAGCGGAGGGGGACUUGCUAUAUGUUCUCUAGACCUUUCAGAAAACAUGGAGUUGUUCCUUUGGCCACAUACAUGCGUAUAUACAAGAAAGGUGAUAUCGUAGACAUAAAGGGAAUGGGCACAGUCCAAAAAGGAAUGCCCCACAAGUGUUAUCAUGGCAAAACUGGAAGAGUCUACAAUGUUACCCAGCAUGCUGUUGGCAUUGUCGUUAACAAACAAGUCAAGGGCAAGAUUCUUGCCAAGAGAAUUAAUGUCCGCAUUGAGCAUAUUAAGCACUCUAAGAGUCAAGACAGCUUCCUGAAACGGGUGAAGGAAAAUGAUCAAAAAAAGAAGGAAGCCAAAGAGAAAGGGACUUGGGUUCAACUGAAGCGCCAGCCUGCUCCACCCAGAGAAGCCCACUUUGUAAGAACCAAUGGAAAGGAACCUGAGCUGCUGGAGCACAUCCCCUGUGAAUUCAUGGCAUGA